GCUGUAAUGCGGCUGCGGGACCGCCCUCUGGGGUUUGACCGCAUCACGCACCACGCGCGUGUGACGCAGUGCCUGGGCGCCGUGGGCGGGCAGCCAUGGUUCCUAGGCGUGGCGCCGCCAUCCCUCGUGCAGGGGGAUGGUGGUGAUGAUGAUGAUGAGGGAGUGCCGCGGGGAGCGGCGGGGCAGCGGUACCGGCCGCCAGAGCCGGGGGCGGUGAGGGUGUUUGUGAUGGAGGGCGCGGUGGUGGUGAAGGUGCAUGCAGGCACGUGGCACGCGGGGCCGCUCUUCGCCCAGCCCUGCAUGGACUUCAACCUCGAGCUCCAAGACACCAACGUGGUGGACCACACAACACACAACUUUGCUCAGAGCGACGGCGCCGUGUUUGAGAUCGAGGAUGCGCACUCGUGAGGCGUGAGCCGUUGGGCUACCAGCAGGCCAUGUGCAUCUGCUGUCGCACGCACAUGACGGUGGCUGUUGCAGUACAACGUUGCGCACGUGGAUGCGCACUUGAGAGUGCCCACCGCAUGUUGUGUGAUGUGACGGGACUACAAUGUAAUGGUCCUAGAUUAUAAUCUUUGCACGUGAGGAGAGGUGAGGUCUUUACACAGAAGAUCAUCGUCAUUGACAACGCAGUCAGUCCGUACAAAAAGGCCCAACUGCACAACUACCCACACGAGAGGAGUGCUCGCAUUAUUGCUUGGAUUCGUCCAAGUUGGUGAGUCCUGGCAUGGAGAUGAUGCACGUACAGGAGGGAUAAAGGCAGCCGUGUGCACGCGAUGGCUGCUGCCCGUUGAAAGAUUGCCGUUGUCAUUGUAGUAGCAAGGAGUCUGAGCAAGGAUCUACGCAAGAAAGAAGGAUUAUUAAAUUUGGAUUAAACCUUCUUAGAUAUAUUUGUAGUUUUGAACUUUUCUGUGUCGCAUACAACAUUCAUUC